AUGACCGUCCAAUCAGCCUUCUCCCCCCCCGAAACCCCCGGCAUCGACAAAGAAACCCCCCCCCUCUCCUCCGACGAAGAAUCCCCCUCAACACCAUCCUCCCCUCCCAACGAACAAUCACAACAAGAUGGCCGCCAGGUCUCCCGCUUCCGCUGGAUCCUCAUCUGCGUCGCCCUCUACGUCACCACCUUCGUCUACGGCCUCGACACCACCAUCGCCGCCGACGUCCAGGGCUCCGUCGUCGAGGCCUUUGGCCACGUCGAGCAGCUCGCCUGGAUCGGCGCCGGGUUCCCCCUCGGCUCCGUCUCCUGCAUCCUGCUCUACGGCGUGCUCUAUGGAAACUUCAACAUGAAGUGGGUGUACGCCGCCGCCGUCAUCCUCUUCAGCGUCGGUUCGGCGGUUUGCGGUGCCGCGCCUACCAUGACGGCCCUCAUCGUCGGUCGAGUCAUUGCCGGUUCGGGAGGGUGUGGCGUCUUCAUGGGCUGCCUCAACUACUUCACUGCCCUGACGACGCCCAGGGAGCGAGCCACGUACAUCACCGGCACGGGUUUCAGCUGGGGCAUCGGCGCCGUCCUGGGCCCCGUCAUCGGCGGCGCCUUUGUCGAGUCGAGCGCGACCUGGCGAUGGGCCUUUUACAUCAACCUCAUCAUCGGCGGCGUCUUCGCGCCCAUCUACGUCUUCGGCCUGCCGGCCAUCCACCCCGUCGUCGGCGUCUCCGUCCGGGACCGCGUCGUCAAGAUUGACUUCCUCGGACUGCUCCUGGGCGCGGGAACCUGGGUCACCUUCUGCAUGGCCUUCACCAUGGCCGGCGGCCAGUGGCCCUGGAACGACGGCCGCACCAUCGGCAUGAUUGUCGCUUUCGGCGUCGUCACCAUCGCCUACGCCAUCCAGCAGACCUAUUCCAUCCUCACGACGCCCGAGGACCGCUCGUUCCCCAUCCACCUGCUGCGCUCGCGCUCCCAGGUCCUGCUCUUCAUCGCCACCGCCUCCAACAUCACCGCUCUCUUCGUCGUCGUCUACUUCAUCCCCAUCUACUUCCAGUUCGUCCACGGCGACUCGGCCAUCUCCGCCGCCGUCCGCCUGCUGCCCUUUGUCGUCCUGACCGUCAGCUUCAACAUGGCCGCCGGCCACCUUCUGUCCAAGAUCCGAUACUACAUGCCCAUCUUCCUCGUCGCCGGCUUCUUCAUCACUCUCGGCAGCUCCCUCCUCACGGCCUAUCUCGACCCCUCGACCCCGACCAGCUACAUCUAUGGCUUCACUGUCCUCACCGCCGUGGGAGCUGGCCUGUCGCUCCAGAUCGGGUACGCCGUCGCCUCCCUCAAGGUCGAGCCCGCACUCCAGGGCGGUGCUCUCGCCUUGCAAAACGUCUCCCAGAUCGGAGGCACCGUCAUUUGUCUCGUCAUUGCCGGCCAAAUCUUCCAGUCCGAGGCCACAAAGAACCUGACCUCGGUCCUGGCAAACACCAACUUCACUGCCUCCGACAUCCAAAACGCCAUUGCCGGAGCCCAGAGCACCAUCUUUGAGGAGAUUACCGGACAGCUCCGGGACCAGGCCAUUCUGGCCAUCACAAAGGCCAUGCAAAAGGCAUUCAUCAUAGUCUGUGUGGGAGGCGGCGUCCACAUGCUCAGCGCCCUCGGCAUGAAGCGGGAGAAGCUGUUUGGCGAGAUUAUUCUCAGCGGCGCGUAA